CGCCAAGGUGACGUCACCGCGCGUCGGCCCGAGGGGCGUGGUCUCCGUCUUCCGCCGCCGCCAUGGUGCUCGAGACUCUGGCGCGCAUCAUCAAGGUGCAGCUGCCCGCCUACCUGAAGCGCAUCCCGCUGCCGCUCACCGUCGGCGGCUUCGCCCGGCUCACAGUUGCAGAGUGGCUACGGUUACUGCCGUUUCUUGGAGUUCUAGCGCUGCUUGGGUACCUUGCCAUUCGACCCUUCAUUCCUCGAAAGAAGCAGCAGAAGGACAGCUUGAUCAACCUAAAGAUCCAGAAGGAAAAUCCCAAAGUGGUGAAUGAAAUCAAUAUCGAGGACCUGCAGUUUACUAAGGCAGCGUACUGCAGAUGUUGGCGAUCAAAGACGUUUCCUGUUUGUGACGGGUCUCACAACAAACACAAUGAAUUGACGGGAGAUAACGUGGGUCCAUUGAUAAUUAAGAAGAAAGAAGUAUAACAUUUUUAUUUUCUUUGAGUGCCAUAAUGUGUUCAUUAUGUGAUGUAAAGAAUUUCUAAGCUGCAAUCAUGAACGUUAAUAGUCCAAUAAAUGUCUUUGCAGUAUAAUUUGCACAAGAUGUAAAGCUUUGUCACUAACAUGUUGUAAUUUGUCAGUGUACAGUGAUGGUGGUGCAUUCUGUUGUUUUUCAUUAAAAAAAAUUAAUGAUUAAA